AUGGAAGUUCUACCAAACACUGGUGUAAGGUUGUUGUAUGUGGUAAUCAUGGCAAUUUAUGUAGGCAAUGCCUACGGUCGUGAUGAUCCCCUUACGAGGCUGGUCCCAGGAGGCCCGAACCCGUUACAUAAUGACAUUGGUGGCAUGAAGACCUUAGACUCGGGCCGCCCCAACCGAGUCAUUCCAGUACGUACGGACCCAUUUCACAAUGGGUUUGAUAGUAAGAAGCGGGUCUAUCCUGGCGGCCCUGACCCAUUACAUGUCGGGUAUGAUCGUACGAAGCGGGUCGUUCGAGGCAGCCCUGACCCUGUACACUAUGGCUAUGAUGGUACGAAGCGGGUCGUUCCAGGCAGCCCAGAAUAUGAAUAUGAUGGCACGAAGCGGGAAGUUCCAGGCGGGCUCGACCCGUUGAGAAACGGGUUCAAUCGCAUGAAGAUGGCCGGUGCUCCCGGCAGACCAGACCCGUUACGAUACGACGUUGUUCCAGGUGGCUCAGGUCUUUCACAGAUCGGGUAUGAUAGCAUGAAGCGAGUCGUUCCACUGGGUCCAGACCCAAUCCAUAACGGGUAUAAUGGUUGA